AUGUUCAGCAACGCGGUCAAAGCAUCGAUACGCUCGAGAGCAAGCAGCUCGAAUCUGCUCCGCUCGUCCGCACCGCGAUGUCUCCAUCAGCGCGCUCUGUACUCGUCGGGGAGCGGCGCCGCUUCCAGGUCCACCUCGACGACGGGUAGCAACAUCAAGGGCCUGGUCGCAGGCCUGAUCGGCCUGGCGCUGCUCGCAUCCGCCGUGCCCACGCGCAGCAUCUACAACGACCAGGUGCGCUCGCCUCCGAAACAGGUCUCACCCGCCGCCGCCUCGGAUCCAGAGGGCAAGCUUAUUUCGAUGGAUGAGGUGGCGAGCUACAACAAGCUCCCCUCGGAAGGCGGCAAGGGGCUGUGGGUGGUGAUCAAAGGCGAAGUGUAUGACGUGACCGAGUUUGUUGAAAACCAUCCCGGUGGACGCAACAUUAUCCUCAAGAAUGCCGGCAAGGACGUGACGGAGCUGUAUGAGCCCAUCCACCCGCCGACGGCGAUCGAAGAGAAUCUGGACGCUUCCUGCCACGUCGGUCAGGUAGACCCGAGCACAGUGCAGAUCGUGCAGGCGGGCGAAGAGUCGGACAAGGACCGCAAGAGGCGGCUGGCACGCGAAAACCUGCCUUCACUCGGCAGCGUGCUCAACCUGGACGACUUUGAACGCAUCGCCGAAAGCAUCUUGUCCGAUCAAGCUUGGGCCUACUACGCCUCGGCCGCAGAUGACGAGAUCACCAAAGCACAGAACCGCGCCUCAUUCAACCGCGUCGUCUUCCGUCCGCGCAUCCUGAGGGCCAUCGGCCAAGUCGACAGCUCGGUCAAACUCAUCGACUCCGACGGCAAGGGCUUCGAAUGCUCGCUGCCCAUCUACGUGUCGCCCGCUGCGAUGGCCAAGCUGGGCCACCCGGAUGGAGAGCUCAACCUGACCCGUGGGGCGGGUAAAGCCGAGAUCAUCCAGGGCAUCUCGGCCAACGCUUCGGUCGGUCUUGACGAAAUGCUCGACGCAAGGGAAAAAGGCCAGCCUGUCAUCUACCAGCUCUACGUCAACAAGGACCGUGCGGCAUCGGAGCGCAUCCUGCGCAAGAUCGAGUCGCGUGGCGUCUCGGCAGUGAUGCUCACCGUCGACGCACCCGUGAUGGGCAAACGUGAGCGCGACAUGCGCACAAAGGGCGAGGAGGUCGAACUGGGCGUGGAUCACGGCAAGGACAUCAAGGCUAAAGGCGGCGGUGUCGCGCAGGCCAUUUCGGGCUACAUCGACCCCAACCUCACCUGGGACGACAUCAAGUGGUUCCGCAAGACCUGCAAGCUGCCGCUCUACCUCAAGGGCAUCCAGACGGUCGAGGACGUGGAACUUGCCGUCAAGCACGGCGUCGAGGGCGUCGUGCUCUCCAACCACGGCGGACGCAGCUUGGAGUACUCGCCCGCCCCGCUCGAUGUGCUCGUCGAACUGCGCCAGCGACGUCCCGAGCUGUUUGACAAGAUCGAGGUCUUCAUGGAUGGCGGUGUGCGGAGGGGCACGGAUGUGCUCAAGGCGGUAGCGCUCGGGGCCAAGGCCGUCGGGUUGGGCAGGCCGUUCCUGUACGCUCAGUCGGGGUACGGCGAGGCGGGUGUGACAAGGGCGAUCCAGAUCUUGCAGGAUGAGAUUCAUCGUGGAAUGCAACUGCUCGGUGUCACUUCGCUCGAUCAACUCACUCCGGAGAUGGUCGACAUUCUGCCACGCCAGUUCUUCUACGCGGUGCCCAGGGCAGAGCAGCCUGCCAGCAGCGCUUGA